UUCAACCUCUGAGGAUUUGGGCUCAUAGUCUCUUAUUUUCAGCCUAUUUUUGGGUUUAUGCCACGAUUUGAGACAUUCCCUUGUCUGAUUUCAUCCCUGUUUAUAAUUUAGUAUUUCUUCAGCCUUUUAGGAGUUAUAGGGAGGGUGGGACAACAAGGACAUUUUAAGAUAUGAAAAGUUGAACGUAUUAUCAGGAGGUAGUAUCUGAGCUGAACCUCCUAGUGGGACACAAUGAGUCCACAUCGCCGAUCCGAGCGCAAUUCCCUUGUGAAACAGAACGGCACGUUUGUUGUACCAAGAUGCAAGAUUCAAAAGGGACAGUUUUAGAUGAAGUGGUUCUUGAGGAUCUUUUCUGCCUGGUAGCGGCGAUGCGACUGCUCAGCGAGGCCCGGCUCCGCAGGGCGGCCGAGGAGGAGGAGCGGGAGCGGCCGGCGCCGCCCGCGCACCGCUCCAACCACCAGUUCAGCAGCAUGAAGAGCAAGUUCUUCAAUGAGCUCACACACCUGCCAAAUCAUAAACUCAAGAUGCCCAUGUGGGCUGUGGGAGCCAUUGUCGUGGUGGUCCUCGCCCUGGUCGCCAGCAUGGGAUUCUGCAUCUACAGGAAGUGCUGCAACAAGGCCAAGAAGCCCAAGAAGGUCCGUGAGAGGAAAGGAGGGCGAGGGCGCAGGAAGAAGGACAAGGAUGGAGAGGAUGGAGAGGACAAGAAGGAGGGAGAGGAUGGCAAGGAAGACGAGGAGAAGGAGAACUUGGGCAAACUGGAGUACUCCCUGGACUAUAACUUCAACGAUAACCAGCUGAUAGUCGGCAUCCUCCAGGCUCAGGACCUCGCGGCCAUGGACCUCGGCGGGACGUCCGACCCCUACGUCAAAGUCUACAUGCUGCCGGACAAGAAGAAGAAGUUUGAGACCAAAGUCCAGCGAAAGAACCUCAGUCCCGUCUUCAACGAGACCUUCAGCUUUAAGAUACCCUACAGUGAGCUGGGGGGUCAGACUUUGGUGCUGCAGGUGUUUGACUUUGACCGUUUCGGCAAGCACGACGUCAUCGGCGAGAUCAAGAUCCCCAUGAACAGCAUAGACCUCGCCCAGCCAAUACAAGAAUGGAAGGAUCUGGUUGGAGGAGAGAAAGAGGAGCAAGAGAAGCUGGGAGACAUCUGCAUCUCGCUGCGCUACGUCCCCACGGCCGGAAAGCUCACCAUCAACAUCAUGGAAGCCAAGAACCUGAAGAAGAUGGAUGUUGGAGGGCUGUCAGAUCCCUUCGUGAAGGUGGUGCUGCAGCACAACGGCAAGCGGCUGAAGAAGAAGAAGACGUCGGUCAAGCAGAACACUCUGAAUCCCUACUUCAACGAGAGCUUCAGCUUCGAGAUCCCCUUCUCCCAGAUCCAGAAACUGCAGGUGGUGAUCACCGUGUACGACUACGACAAGCUGGGCAGCAACGACGCCAUCGGCAAGUGCUGGAUGGGCUACGGCGCCUCGGGCGUCGGCCUGCGGCACUGGUCAGACAUGCUGGCCAACCCACGGCGCCCGGUGGCCCAGUGGCACACGCUGCAGCCGGAGGAGGAGGUGGAUGCUGCUUUGAAGGCCCCCAUCCGCUAAACACACACACACACACAUAUACGGCAUCAUCUGCAUGUGAGGUGUAACCUUCCCUUUGAAGCCCAACCCCUGCAUGUUCUUUGAAAAUACCUCUGACUAGAAUUGUAACCUUAAAUGUUUUGGUUUUUAUUUCAUUCGGGGCACUUUGAUUGUCUUACUUUGUGCCCUUCUGGCCCGGUGAAGGUUUUCAUCAGUCAAACUCAGCGUGUCCCUCGUUCAUAACACAGACUUUCUGUUAAGGAGAGUUUUCUGAGAGUUCUCUUAAUAAUAUUUGGUAUUAUUUUCAACCUUUAUUUUGUAGAGCCACACCCUCUUUAAUGUAAUACUGCCGUUUAUCCCAUGGCUAAAACAAUCUCUUUUCAGCAUACGUAGUCUAUAGUAUUUUCAAAUACAUUUGAUGCUAUAUAAUGAAAAAAUAAAUUAGUCAAUUAGUUUAAACUGUUGUCUGCAGAACUGUGUGUGUAACGGUGUGUAUGUUUUUCUUUUAGUGAUGUUUUGCUCGUGUGUAGCAGGAUGAAUCUCUUCAAACAGUGUCAUUAGUUACAGGUUUGAUUGAUGAUCCGUCUGCUUGUGCUUCAACGAGUGGAGAUCCUGCUCGGACUAUCUGGGGAGGGCACAUGCAGAUGUUUGUUUGUGGGAGGGUGAUUGUGUGUGUGUGUGUGUGUGUGUGUGUGUGUGUGUGUGUGUGUGUAUUUGAAACAAAUAAACGUUUCCAGGUGGUCUGAUAGACUGUUUUACAGAUUUACACACACACACACACACACACACACACACACACACACACACCCACCAGAAGAACCACUAAAAUUUGAACCGUAGAUGUGAAUGACACAUCAUGCCUCAGCAUUAGAUUCGGAUCAUAACCAGCCGGUAUUAUAACCUGAGACGUUUGCUGCCUUUUGUCCCAGUGACCCAAUAUCCAAUGUACAGGCUUUUGUUCUGUACAAAGUAAUGUUGCACGGUGUACCGGUACUAGAAAGGUACCGCGGUACCCUUACGUUGAAAACGGUGCAAUUUUGAAUAUUUUUAGUGCCGGUACUUCAUUAAAAAAGCUGCAACCAGAGCGCACUCAGUGUUCUGCUCCCUUUCUCAGGGAGACGUGUCCUCACGUGCAGGAGCCGUCCUCGGCUUGUUGAAAGAAAAGAUGCCAGAAGUGAGAUCUGGAAGUACUUUAGGUACAAAGUAUUUAUUAUUUUACGCAUUGCUUUGAUCACAGUAACAUUACAAAGAAGCCGACGCUAGAGCUCUUAAUAGCAGCAUCAAUGUCUAAACGUGUUAUAACCAGCUGCUAACAUCGCUACCUGUUACUUUAUUUGUGACAAACUGGCAAGGGGCAAACCGUGAGAGGUGGCAGCCUGUAGCUGUUUGUUGGCUUGACAACAACUUUCCUAACAGUCAAACAUCAAGCAAGUGCAACACGAGACAAAGCAAGACAGCAAAUAAGUUACUGAAGAGUCGUGCAGAAAUAUAAACAUGCAAAAUAACCUACAAUUCAC